GAAUUCAGUUGCUUUGUGGCGGCAAAGCGGUGAGUGUCGUUUUGCGCGUUCUGUACUUCGCGGUGUGACAAGUGAAAAAUUGGUUCUUGCUGUUUCGGACAUGCAUGACAAAUUGCAAUCUGUGGUGUGGCUGGUGUUGGCCGUAAUACUCGGCUUUGGGCCAUCAGCACAAGCGGCGGUUGUGGGUCGGGCGGCCGACGAGGAGGGCAGCUCGAACAAGACGCCGUGGGAACUAACGGAGGCCCUUUACGGAACGUUGGGUCUCCGCAGUUUCAAUGGCACCUGGAUAACAGAUGAAGAAUUUUAUUAUACUGCCUCGGAUAGAUCCAUCCAUAAAUACAACGCGGCCACCAAAACAGACACCAUCUUCCAGGCGUCUUCGUUUCUGAACAACUAUGUGGGGGCCACAUUCACGCUGUCAGCAGACAACACAAAGAUCCUGAUCCGUCACAACCUGACGGAGAAGUUCCGGCACUCCUACAUCGCCCAGUACGAUGUCUACGACAUUGAAACGAACACCACGGUCCAGAUCCACAAGGGCGAGAAGCUGGCUUACUGCGGAUGGUCGCCCCUAAGGGAUCGCCUGGCCUAUGUCUACCUCAACAACGUGUACAUCCAUUUCAACGAGAACUUGGAGAUCAGUAUUACGGAUGACGGCGUCGACGGAGUUGUCUACAACGGGGUGCCUGACUGGGUCUACGAAGAGGAGGUUCUCAGCAGUGGAAGCGCUAUUUGGUGGUCGGCCGACGGAACCAAACUGGCCGUGGGCUUCUUUGACGACACCGAUGUGGAGACUUUCAAUUAUUUUCUCUACGGUGAUGGAAUUACAACCUACUACCAAUACCCCCACGAGGAGCACCUCAAGUACCCAAAGUCAGGCACCAAGAACCCACUGGUAGCCCUGCGAGUUUACGACUUGGCCAACAAUGACCCAACCAUGAAGCCCAUUGUGGCGCCGGAAAUAGUCGGCACCGACCACAUCCUGCAGAACGUGGUGUGGUCCAAUGAGACCCACUUGCUAGUCACCUGGUUGAAUCGGCGCCAGAACCUCUCCUCCAUUCAGAGCUGCAGUUACGAGGGACCGUGUGCGGAGGUGAAGCGACUGGAGGAGCCGCAAGGCUGGGUGGACAUCAGCACACCCAAGUGCCUUUCCACGGGCAAGAGCUGCAUCUUUACCUAUUUUAUCGACAACUGGCAACAGGUGUGGAACCUCGACCUGGCAACAGGAGUCAACAGUUGGCAAUCACGUGGAAACUUCACCGUCUUGUCGGUCUAUGGAUACGACGAAGUGAGGGACAAGCUAUAUUAUCAGGCCACACAGCCCCAUGACCCAUCAGUUUACCAUGUGUUCAGCAACGACGAGUGCCUCAGCUGCAACCAGAUCGAUGUGGAUGGGCAGAAGUGCCUGUCGGCUAGCGCCACCUUCAGCAAGUCCUUCUCCUACUACACCUUGACCUGCAAUGGGCCCAAUCCCUCGUACACCCGCAUCUUUGAGGCCACCUCGAAUACGCUCCUGGUAGAUUGGGAGCCAAACACCGCAUACAGAGCCACUCUGGAGGCAAAGCAACGUCCCAGCUACCGCUUUCUCAAUGUUACCUUGGCGGACGGAAGCAUUGGAUACGCUAAGCUAGCCCUUCCGCCAACUUUCGACGAGGCCAAGAAGUAUCCCCUGAUUGUGGUGGUCUACCAGGGGCCGAACUCUGUGCGGGUUACAAACUCGUUUGUGCUGGGCUAUGAGGCGUUUGUUACCACCUCUCGGGAAACCAUCUACGCAUACAUCGAUGGCCGUGGCACGGGAAACAAGGGAAAGGACCUGCUGUUCUCUGUUAACAACAAUCUGGGAAAGCACGAAGUGGAGGACCAACUGUUUGUGACUCAAUGGUUGCAAAAUCUGACCUAUGUGGAUGCGGAUCGUUGCGGCAUCUGGGGAUGGAGCUACGGAGGCUAUAUGACAGCUAAGACCAUCGAAAAUGAUAAGGACCAUGUCUUCCAGUGCGGAGUAUCAGUAGCUCCCGUCACUUCGUGGUUGUAUUAUGAUACCAUUUAUACUGAGCGGUAUAUGGGUCUGCCGACUCAAGAAGACAAUGCCCAAAAGUAUAACGAAAGCAGUGUCUUUGGAAAUCUGGAUAACUUUAAGACUCAUGAUUUCCUCUUGAUUCACGGAUCCGGAGACGACAAUGUCCACUAUCAGCACUCGUUGCUGCUGGCCAAGUUACUCCAGAGGGCAGAUAUUCCAUUCGAGGAACAGACGUACACGGAUGAGAACCAUGGUAUUGGCAAUGCGAUACCGCACUUGUACCACACCAUCGACAACUUCUGGAUCAACUGCCUUAACCUGGAGGUCCCUUAGGCCCAGUUUUAGCCUAGUUUAUUACGAGUAUUUGUAAAUACUGUUUGUACAUUCUACGCUUAAAUCCUUUUAUAAAAAAGUCGUGCUUGUUACAUCAUUUAUAUGUAAACGAGAUAAUUU